AUGUUGGUUUCGACUGAAAAAAUUAUUCCGGCUGUUGAUUUAUCUGAACAAAUAUCAUUAGCUGGUUUAGAAGCAUCAGGUACAGGUAAUAUGAAAAUGAUGCUUAAUGGAGCAUUAACAAUUGGUACAUACGAUGGUGCAAAUGUCGAAAUGGAUGAAGAAGUUGGACGUGAUAAUAUAUUUAUAUUCGGCAUGACAGUUGAAGAAGUUCAUGCAUUACGUGAAAAAGGGUACAAUUCGAAGGAAUAUUAUGAACGUGAACCGGAGUUAAAACGAGCAUUAGAUCAAAUAAGAGAUGGAUUUUUUUCACCUGAAGAUCCAAAUCUAUUUGCUGAUAUUAUUAAAAGUUUACUUGAAUCAAAUGAUCGGCAAGUUAAAAGACUUCUUUCAAAUAAAAUAUUUCUUAUUCUAUUUUAUAGUUAUAUGUUGCUCGCAGAUUAUGCAGAAUAUUUGAAAGCGCAAGAACGUGUUGAACAACUUUACAAAAAUCAAACUGAGUGGACAAAAAAGUGUCUUUUGAAUAUAGCAGCAGCAGGAAAAUUUUCAUCGGACCGGGCAAUUCGAGAGUAUGCCAAAGAUAUUUGGAAUGUUAAACCAUCAAUACAAAAAUUACCAGAACCCCAUCAUAGUCGACCAGGCAUUAAACAUGAAAUAGAAAAAAUUGAAAUGGCCCAAUUCGGUGCCCAACGCGAAGAUUAUUGA